AAUACAUCGGUCUUGAAGCGAGAUUGCGCACGAAGUGGCUCUUCUCUCAUCCAUCACCACUCAAAUUUGUUUUUAUUUCAAUUUUGAUGUAUAAGUUAAGUCAGGAGUGGUUGAGGAAGUGAUAACCGGGCUCAAAUACAAGAAUUCGUGGCGACCCGUAAGCAAGCAUAACCUUGAGCUUGUUCGUCGUUGGAGGAAGGCAUACCGAAUACAACCUACAACUUGGAAGAGCAAGAUCAAGAUACAUCAACAUUGACAUGGGAUUGAAGAUGUGUUCUUGCCUCAACUUCUUUUUACCAAGCUCAACCUUUCUCAGAAAUUGAAAUUGAGGGCGAUGCAGCAAAUAUUUAUCUAUUCCAUUUCCCAAAUCCACUUGUUUUCAUAGAUAUGCAGCAUACACGCUUAUGAUGCUUGCUUGGGUCGGACAGAAACUUUGUCGACUGCUACGAAAGCCACCUGUUCUGGCUUUUAUCUUGCUGUUGUCACUAAUCUAUUGUUUAAUGAGCUUGCUUGAUCAGAGGCUGCUGACCCUGUCCAGCUCAGACCCAGAUGACCCGGCCGCGCGCCCUCCGAUCAACCCGUCUCUGAUCCUGGAGUCGGUCCGCCCGGACAGCAACACGACCGACGAUCCCGGCCCGGUGGCGCUCAGCUGCCGAAACUCAGUCCAGGGCAUCGAGCUCAUCGCCGACGACAGAGGUCACGUGUGUGAACGGCGGCACCUGGUGAGCACUGGCUGCUGCGACACGGAGAUACCGUCCACGCGGCGGUACCAGUGUGACUCGUGCUCGGAGCACGGCUGCUGCAGCGUCUACGAGCACUGCAUCUCCUGCUGUCUCCACCCGGACAAGAAGCCGCUGCUGCACACGGUUCUCGGUAAGGCGUCCCAGCACCGGUACAACCUGGUCUACUCGUCCGUGACGGACCAGUUCGAGCUGUGUCUGACCAAGUGCCGCACCAGCUCACUGAGUGUGCUCCACCAGAACGUCUAUAGGAACGCGCGCAUGAAGUUCUGCUACGGUGUGAUGGCGCCGCCCCUGGACAGGACUGAGUGAGUGAGACGGGACUGAGCGACUGCCCCGGGCAGAGCGGUAUCCGUGCGUCUGCCGACCGCAGGCAGAGUGAUGGGGUAGGGAGGGCUGGCCGCCAUCGGGCUGCUGCUGCUGAAGGUACAAAUCUCGCCGACCGCUGGACGUCGUCCUACUGUGCUGAGUGGUGGAGCCCAGUGACGCCGCUGAUCGCGGUCGGCUAAUGAACUCCCAGAGACGGCGGCUCUGCGGUCUCUGUCCUGGUCACAACACUGUGAUGCCGCGUACCCGAGCGGCGGGGACUGUCCUCCGCUGCUCUGAGGACACCCAGCGUGUGCGCGGGGUCCGCCGCCCGCUGCCGUUAUGAAGUCAGUGCCGCGGGCCUCGAUCGGCCUCAGCGGCCCCUCUGGUGAUCGGUGCCAAAGUUUUACACGACACUCCCGGCCGCCUGCGCUGCGGGCUGGAGGAAUGAAUGGUGCUGGUUUUAGGUUGAAGGUUCUUUAGUCGGCUGAUAAUGUCUCUGGUUCGGCGCUGCAGCCUUUCUGAGUAGAACCUCAAUCCUACACGAUGCGCUAUUGCCAGUCGUCCCACGCACCGUUACGUCGUUUUUACACGCUACUGUAGAACAUUCCUUUUAUUCGGCGCAAGAGCUUAUUUCGUUUUGCGACACUCACCACUGGUGUGUAUGUUUGUGACCAGGCGAUCUGCUGGGUUAACGUGGACUACUUGCGUGUCAUGUGGACACUUCUGCUAUUCGCAUUGUUAUCAGUUAUCGAGCUGCGUGCAAUCUCCGUUGCGGUACUGAACGUUUUAACCUGUGACUCGAGGUGAUCUGGUAGAGACAGCCCCUGCGCUGCUCAAUGCCCACUGCGAUAAUAAACAUUAGAGUAUACGUCAUUACUCCCAUGUCCAGUGCGAUAAUACACAUAUUGAUGAAUCUACAA